CUUUUCCUCCACACACGUCUUUUGUUUAUCAAAAUUCUUCAAAAAAAAUAUAAAUAAUCACUGGAAAUCAAUUUUUUUCGUUAGAAAUGUUUUGAAAAUUUCAAAAAAUUGAUACAUUUAUCGCCUCAGGUGCUCAUUUUUAGUAUUUUUUUCCCAUCAGAUACCUUGAAAUCAAUGCACAAAUUCGAAGACGUCUAUUUGAGAAACGAAUUCGACGCUGAAAACGAAUUAAAUCUGUUUGAACCAGAAUGCAUCAUAACAGAUAAUCCUAUCAGUGUAAAAGAAAUCGAUUAUUCGACCGUUGAAGAAGAGCAUGAUUUCGACGAUAAAACUGAUCUUCAAGACUAUCGAUUUCUCGAUCAAACCAUUUGGAAUGUCAAUUUUAAUUCUCACCACAUAGAUAACAAAGACUGUAAUAGUAUCAACAAUGGAUUCACCUCUAGUCAAAACACUUUCGAUUUUGCCAACUUCAACGAACCUAGUCUAUCUUCGGAGCAAAUGGCUGAUUUGGAUCAUAUACAAAUGCACUCGAUAUUCGCGCCUGAAAAACGCAACAAACCGAAAGAAGUAUUCACAAAAUGUCAACAUUGUGAGAAAUUUGUCAUUAUUCGUAUGUGCCCGGAAACAGGAGACUACUCCAAGUGUAAAUAUUGUUUCAAUGUUCCAUUCAGCUGUGAAACAACCACAACCAGUAUUGCUCUAGAAGUAUCUGAAAGCAUAUCUAAACCUAUCGUUAAACAACCUCGUAAAGAACCUCCUCCUGUACCUUGUAAAAAUGACUCUUCAUUUAAAUGUGACUUCUGCGGCAAACUUUUCACUCGUAAUUGGUAUUUAAAACAACAUAUUAAAUUACAUUCGAACGAAAAGCCAUUUUCGUGUAAUCAUUGUGAUAAAAGAUUCUUGAAUAGUUCAAAUUUAAAACAACAUUUAAAAACGCAUUCGGUCGAAUAUCGUUGUUGUCUUUGUGAUAAAACUUACAUUAGUAUAGAAUCGUUGAGAUUACACGCUGAAAAACACACCAACGAGUCGAGUAAAAAGCAAAACGGUUCUGUAAAAAAUGACGCCGAGUGUAAACCAUUGACUUGUAAUUAUUGUAACGAGCGGUUUACUUCGUUCGAUGAACUUAAAGCACAUGCUGUAAGUCAUACUAAAGAUAUGCCAUUUCAAUGUGACAAAUGUGAUAGAGGGUUUAGGUAUAAUGGUGCUCUGAUUAAGCAUAAGAAAAUUCACGAUAGCGAAUUUCUUAAUAAAUCGAAGAACGCUAAGAAUGAACCAGAGACUGUCCAACAAUAAACGUAUCUAGUCAAACGAUAUCUCAAAUUUAAGUCAAUGCAGCGUAUUUUCAUGGGCAUUUUUUUUCUCUCUUCGUUAAAUUAAGUCUGUGUAUUACUUUGAUAAGUGUAGAUGAAUUUUAGAUGUAAUGAUUUUUUUAUACUGUAAAGAAUGAUUAAUAAAAGUAGACAUUCGAUCUUCAA